AUGGGUAAUACUUUAACAGCAUUAGAAAUUAAAUCUACAAAAUUUAUGAGUUUUAAUUAAAAUUCUAAUUAAAUAUUAUAUAUAUAUUAAAAAGCUGGCUCAGUAAUAAUUAUAACUGGAGCUUCUGAAGGUAUUGGAAAAGAGUUGGCUUUAAAAUAUGCAUUAAGAUAAUCCCGGUUUUUUAUAAAAAAAUAAAAAUAUAUUAAAAUAUAAAUAAUAAAAUACUUAUGUAAUCAUUUAGGCGGUAGAACUUAAAUAUUUUAAUGUGAUGUAACAAAUGAAGAAUAAUGCAAAUAAAUGGUUGAAUAAUGCAUAAAUUAUUUUCAAAAAAUAGACUUGUUAAUUUUAAAUGCAGGUGUAAAUGCUCAUUCUAAAUUUAUGGAUUUUCAAGAUUUAAAGGCUUUUAAACAAGUCAUGGAUACUAAUUUUUAUGGUUACGUAUAUCCUACAAGAUACGCACUUCCAUACUUAGUAAAGACAAAAGGAUAAAUAGUAGUUUUAUCUUCUUUAUCUGGAGAAAUCGGUUUACCUUAUAAAUCAGCUUAUUGUAGUAGCAAAUUUGCAGUAACAGGCUUUUUUGAAUCUUUAAGAACAGAAUUAAAAGAUAAAAGCGUUGAUAUUACAAUUAUUUGUCCUCCUUCUGUAAAUUUUUAUUUAUUUUUUUUAAUUAUAAAACUAAAGGUAAAAACUAAUUUGAGAGAUAAUGAUUUAAUACAAAAAUACAAAACAUAAUAAAUGGACGAAACAGAUGAUCGAAUGAAUGUAGAAGAUUGUGCAAAAAUUAUUGUUUUUGCUUCUGAUAAAAGGGCAAGAAAAGUAUUUUUUCCUUUUAAGGCUUAUAUGUCAGCUUAUAUGAGGCCUAUUUUCCCAGAUUAUGUUGAUAAUAAGAUUUUAAAAUUAUCGAAGUUUUGA